AUGUCUCGAAGACCGUAUCUGCCGACCGCCGGCUCGUCUCGCCGUGAAUCCGCCACGGAGCGUGAGCCGCUACUCGGCCAAGUCCUCACAGAAGCUGGCACCGGGACGAGCACGCCCAAGUACGCCUCCGUCGACGUGGUUGCUGUGGACUCUUCUGGUGGGGAUGAUCAUGAAGUUACACUGGCUCUGGGCGGUGUGCCGGACGAGAAGCGUCAGCUAGGUUUGACGAGUACCGCGUCGUUGAUCUUCAACAGGGUCAUAGGGACUGGGAUAUUCGCGACGCCUAGUGUCAUUCUGCGCUCCUCGGGAAGUGUGGGACUGUCGCUGGUCAUGUGGCUUUUAGGGGCCGCCGUGGCGUUAUGCGGGACCGCAGUCUACAUGGAACUCGGGACGGGACUGCCACGCAACGGGGGCGAGAAGAACUACUUGGAGUUCAUCUACAGGCGCCCCAAGCUACUCGUCACAUGCAUAUAUGCGCUGUAUGCGGUUUGCACUGGGUGGCAAGCAGCUUCUGUGUCCGUGUUCGGAGAGUAUGCCCUGCACGCCAUCGACCCCACCCAACCGCCGUCCCCAAGGACCGCGCGGCUGGCGGGCGUCGCCUGCAUCACCUUCGCUCUGCUGCUCCACGGCACCGCGCUGAACGCGGGGCUGCGGCUGCAGAACGCGCUGGGCAUGUUCAAGCUCCUCGUUCUCGUGGGAAUCGCGCUCAGCGGUCUCGCGGUCCUCCUGGGCGUCCCCGGGUUCCGCAUUGACAACCCUCCAGACAACCUGAAGUGGGAAAACAUGUGGGCGGGAAGCCUGCAGGGCGGUGCGAACGCGUUCGUCACCGGACUCUUCACCGUCAUCUGGUGCUUCACCGGGUACUCCAACGCCAACUACGCGCUGGCGGAGGUGCGCGACCCGGUGCGGACGAUCAAGCGCGCGGCGCCGCUCGCGAUGCUCUCCGUGACCGUCGUGUACAUGCUCGUCAAUGUUGCGUACUACGCCGUGGUGGACCGCGCCGACAUCGCCGGGAGCGGGCGGAUCGCGGCCGCGCUAUACUUCGGGAGGCUGUGGGGCACGAACGCCGAGCGGAUCGUGAGCGUGGUCAUCGCGUUGUCCACAGUGGGGAACAUCCUCGCUGUCCUCUUCACCCAUGGUCGAGUCGUCCAGGAGUUAGGUAGAGAAGGUGUACUGCCCUUCUCAUCCUUCUUCGCGAGCAACAGACCAUUCGGCGCCCCUAUGGCCGGCCUCUUUGAACAAUGGUUCAUCACGAGCGCCCUUGUUCUUUUCGUGCCUCCUGGAGACGCUUACCUUUUCAUGCUCAGCCUGUCCUCGUACCCCCUCGCGCUCAUCAACACGUUCGUCUCUGGGGGACUGCUCUUCAUCCACCUCCCGGAAGCCUGGGUGGCCAAGCGCCUCCAAGCGCUGCGCGCCUCGUACGACUGGCACCCGCCCUUCCGCGCGUGGACGCCGGUCGUGCUCUUCUUCUUCCUCUCGAACGUCUUCCUCGUCGCCGUGCCGCUCGUCCCACCGUCGAAGGGGUACAAGGCUUACGCGCACCUGCCGUACUGGGCGCACGUCUGCGUGGCGUGGCUGGUCUCUCUGUGCGGGGUCGCGUAUUGGUACGUGUGGUGCGUGUGGCUGCCGCGGAGAGGCGGAUACGCGCUGGUGCGGGACUGGGUUAGAGACGAGGAUGGCUCGACGCGGCGGGUCGUCCGGAAGGUUCUGCGGACGUCCGCUGGGGCAGACGAUGCUUAG